AUGGUGUCCUACGCCGUCAAGGUGCGCACGGACCCGGUGCAGUUCAUGCAGCUCAUCAAGAAGGAGAGCAUCGGGAGCUACGUCAUGUCGCAGCUCUCGUGCGUGAGCCCCUUCACGCUGCUCGGGCUCAAGGACGUGUUCAAGUCCGUGCUCCAAUCCAAGUUCCCGCCGGAGGCCGACCGUGUCAAGGACACCCCGCUGCGCGUGCGUGCGGUGCUCGGGCCGUGGGCGCGCGUGACCGUCGCUCGCCUGCGCGGCGUGCUGCGCGAGCUGGGCUUCAGCAAGGUCUACCCGCUCGCCGAGCUGCCCGGGGCGAGGGCGCACUUCUCCGGCCCGCACCAGGCCUGCAUCGGAGAGCGGAUGUACGUGAUGGAGGCGGAGAACAUGAAGGUGGCAGAGUUCAUCCAGAAGGUCUACGUGGCCAGCUAUCAGCUCACUCGCCGCAUGGAUGUCAACUACCAGCACGCAGCGCGCAAGGAGGCGGUGAAGGACUAUGCCAAGGAUUGGUCUCACUCGCUGAGCGGAACGAUGCGUCGCCUGAUCUUGGCCGAGUACGGCAAGCAAGGCGGCGCUGACAAGAAGCCGAACACUGCCAGGCAGGACAAGAAGGGGAAGAAAGCGGUGCUCGACACUGCUGACGCGAAGGCAGAGCCAAAGGAGGAGAAGAAGGAGAAGAGAGCAGAGAAGGAGGGGGAUGAAGAAGCGGUGGAUGAGGUGGUCGAUGAGGACAUCGAGGAUGAGGAUGGUGAGGAGGAGGCGGAGCCCGAAGUGGGUGUGGUCGAGGCCAAGCAAGCUGCGCUAAAGAGGAAGAACAAGAGGCUGCCGAAGGAGGUGCAGGAGCGGGAGGCGGCCGAGAUGCGCCUGCACGACAAGCGUCACGCUUUCAUUCUCGGCUGGCUCCAUUCCAUCUACGGCCGUAGCGACACACCCUACAUCGUUGACUAUGGAUGCGCCCAGGGCCAGUUGUCUGAGAAGAUGCACUACGCGCUGCCCAAGGCCACGAUCGUGUCGUGCGAUGCCAACGCGACUGUGUUCAGCUGGCGGGUGUUCCGCAAGAACCGGGCCAUCCAGACCGUGCUCUGCAAUCUGCUCUACCCGCCCAUUGGCGACAACAAGCACCAGGUGAAGCUACGUCCCGACACCCUGGUGUUCACCGAGGUGAUCGAGCACAUGGAGGAGCCGCACCGCAAGCGCGUGAUCGACCUCAUAGCUCUGCUCAUCCGUCCUACGCGCUUGAUCAUCACCACGCCCAACAUCGACUACAAUGUGAACAUUCCGGGCCUGGCGCCGGGGGGCUUCCGCCAUGACGACCACCGCAUCGAGUACAACAAGCAGCAGUGGAGGGCCGAGAUCUUGGACCCUCUCACCCGAGCCGGCUACGCCAUCGCCGAGCAGGACCUGGAGCCAGGCAAGCCCGAACAGGCCAGCUUCAUCGUGACGGCCGAGCUGACCAACAAGGAUGAGCCUCCGCUGGCCACUCCGCAGGCCCACGUCAUUCUCAAGGACUUGCUGGGAAUGGUGGAGCCUCUCUACAUGCCCGAGACCCAGACCUACGUCGAAGCUAAGAUUCUCAUCGAGGGAUACACUGCGCGGCCGCUGCUGGAGAAUUCCGAGGUGCCCUUCUACGUGGCGCCCACCAUCGCGCCCGUGAUGCACUCCUCUGCCGCGCCCGACUACCUGGAGCACCCCCAGUCGGCGUUCGACUACUACCAGACCUUCGGCAUCACGCGCCUGGUGGCGGAGAACAAGUACAUGGGAUCGCGGGGCCACGUCCUCGCCUUCCGGCACCCGAGCGUGUGCCCCGGCGACUUGCCCCUCAUCUCCGUCAUUUCGAGAUCAGGAGCGCCGUUCUUUGACGACGCCAGCACGAUUCCGUGGGAGUGGCACUCGGAACUCUCCGCAGCGAUGGAGAGGGAGGGCUUCGACUUUGUCAUCCUCGACGGAGAGGAGGAUUGUAGCCUCAACCCGGUGGUCGCACUUGCCCAGGUCCUGCCGUGGGUGCUGAAGGCAACGACCCUCGUGCGAGGCCAGUUCCAAGCGCCCGGCGAGUGCGCGUUGGCCGCCCGUAAGUUUGUCCAUGGCGAGGACUCCCACGAAUACGCCAACGCCAAGCGGUUCCUCGAUGCUCUGUCGGACUUCACCCAGGACACGCCGCCCGAGUUCAGAGUCUUUCAGGUGCUGGCAGCGGGGAAGAGCUACAACGGGACCGACCCCAAGAGAGCCGCGUUCACGCCGCAGUACCUGGGCCACUAUCUCUCGGACACGGAGCGGUACAAGCUGAUCAACAGACUGAGCACUGAGCACCUGAAGCCCGUCGAGUACCGCUACAUCGACCUCGACUCGCAGGAGAGCAAGCAGGAAGCCAUCAAGGCUUGGGAAGACUACUGCCUUAACGGCGGGGAAGGAUGGGUGGUCAAGAUCGCACCGUCGCUGGUGCAGUGGGAUGCGACUGGCAAGCCCGUUCUGCCGAUGGUCAAGGUGCGCGGCAGGGACUAUCUCAGGCUCAUCUAUGGCAUCGACUACCUGGACCCCGCCUACUUUGGCAUCAUCAAGAACAGGAGCGUGGGCUCGAAGCGCACUCUGUCGCGCCACCAGACCGAACUGGCCAACAACAUCCUCAAGUGCUUCCUGGGCGAUCAGCUGCGCCAGAGGCUCAAGUACCUGGCGGCCUUCAACGGCCUCGACUUCCAGACCCUCCGCAACAGCGACAAGGACUACCUGCUCCUCUAG